UGAUUCGCGGCUUGGUAUUCAUGCGCUUUCUGAGGCGUCGUCGUCGUCAUCAAGCUUCUUCACCUUGCGCGCGCCGACGCAACAACGUCAGCAACGACUUUGAUUGGCUUUUCGCAAGAUGGCGUCGCGCAGGGGCUGAGGUGGCUGGCUUCGUGUUUUCGGGCUCCGUUGUACCCGUAGACCGUGAGUGGUUCCAUCAAUACUGCGUUACUGACUGAAAGAGAGGCUGCAUGGUUGAAACUGUCAACGUGACAGAGAUUCUAAAGUCAUAUGAAAAAACCUACCUUACUGGAAUUAUUCUGUGUUGAUAAAUGAAGGAAAACAAAGAAAACUCUAGUCCUGCUGUAGCUUUGGCAAACCUGGAUCACACAAAACCAUGUUGGUAUUGGGAUAAGAAGGACUUGGCACAUACACCAUCACAGCUAGAGGGACUUGAUCCAGCUACUGAGGCAAGAUACAGAAGAGAAGGUGCCCGGUUUAUAUUUGAUGUAGGAACCCGUUUGGGAUUACAUUAUGACACACUGGCAACUGGAAUAAUAUAUUUCCAUCGGUUUUAUAUGUUCCAUUCCUUCAAACAAUUCCCAAGAUAUGUGACUGGAGCUUGCUGCCUAUUCUUAGCAGGAAAAGUUGAAGAAACACCUAAAAAAUGUAAAGAUAUCAUCAAAACAGCUCGUAGUUUACUAAAUGAUGUUCAGUUUGGGCAGUUUGGAGAUGAUCCAAAGCAAAGAAAUAACCCACUGCACAAGGGAAGCAGUGAAACUGGCCACACAGAGUGCAGCCAUAUGCAUACAGAAGAAGUUAUGGUUUUAGAGAGAAUCUUGCUUCAGACAAUAAAAUUUGAUUUGCAAGUUGAACACCCUUAUCAAUUUCUACUUAAAUAUGCAAAGCAGCUCAAAGGAGAUAAAAAUAAAAUUCAAAAACUGGUUCAAAUGGCAUGGACUUUCGUAAACGACAGUUUAUGUACUACACUUUCUCUUCAAUGGGAACCUGAAAUUAUAGCAGUUGCAGUUAUGUAUCUAGCUGGUCGCUUAUGCAAAUUUGAAAUUCAAGAGUGGACCUCAAAGCCCAUGUACAGAAGAUGGUGGGAACAAUUUGUACAAGAUGUACCUGUUGAUGUCCUGGAAGACAUCUGCCAUCAGAUUCUGGAUCUGUAUUCCCAGGGGAAACAACAAAUGCCUCACCAUACCCCCCAUCAGCUGCAACAGCCUCCUUCCCUCCAGCCUACACCACAAGUGCCUCCAGUCCCGCAGUCUCAGCCUUCUCAGAGUUCAGAGCAGUCUCAAUCCCAGCAGUCCAAAGACUCUCAACAGGGAGGGACGCAGCAGCAGCAGCAGCAGCAACAACAACAACAGCAGCAGCAACAGCAACAGCAACAGCAACCACAAAUUCAGCAACCCAAAAAACCCUCUCCCCAGUCAAGUCCUCCCAGGCAGACAAAGCGACCUGUGCAGGCUGUAUCACCAAAGGAAGAAACCAAAACUGCAGAGGUGCCUCCUAAAAUAGCUAAAAUUGAAACUGCUCAUCCACCAGUACCAUCUGUGCAUCCACCACCUGAACAUAAACCUCCAUUGACAAGUACAGUUUCCAUAGGAACUGAUCAAGCUACUGCAGUAGAUUCUGUAGAUAUAACCAAGGUCCAGAUUGCUCCACCAUCUCAUCCAGCUCCUGUACAUCAGCCACCACCUAUGCCUCAUCGUCCCCCACCCCCACCCCCGCCUUCCAGCUACAUAACUGGUAUGUCCACUACUAAUUCAUACAUGUCAGGAGAAGGGUAUCAGAGUCUCCAAUCAAUUAUGAAAACAGAAGCACCAACUUAUGGAGCUUUACCACCCACUUAUGGACCGCCAACUCAUUUGCCAUAUCAUCCUCAUGUUUAUCCGCCCAAUCCUCCUCCUCCUGUCCCCCCUCCUCCACCCACAUCAUUCCCUCCACCUACCAUUCCUCCUCCUACUCCAGGAUAUCCUCCCCCACCUACUUACAACCCAAAUUUCCCACCUCCUCGGUUACCUCCCUCUCAUGCAGUCCCACCUCAUCCCCCUCCAGGGCUUGGCAUGCCACCUGCAAGCUAUCCUCCUCCCACAGUGCCCCCUGGUGGACAGCCACCUGUGCCACCUCCAAUACCACCCCCUGGCAUGCCACCUGUUGGAGGACUUGGCCGGGCCACUUGGAUGAGAUAGCAGUUGUAUAUAGCAUCUUUUUUUGUUUUGAGUGAGGUGGAGAGGAUUAUAAUCAGAUAAGGAAAUAUAGAGGGCAAUGAUAUUGGUUUGGUUACAGUUUGACCAGCAGAAAAAAAAUACAGUUUAAAUAUUACAAUGCUAACUAAAAUAUAAAGAGUUUUGUUAAUUGUAGUGCUGGAUUAGUUUGUAAUAAUAACAUGUUUUGAAGGCCAUAUUGGCUGAGUUGUAUUGGUAAGAAGAAAAAAUAGAAAAGUAAAUGCCUACUUGAAUAGCAGGAUUAAGGUUAUUCUAGAUGAAAGGGGAAAAAACCCUUUCUGAUUUUAUUAUAUAACGUUCCAGCAAAACUUUGCUCUAAGUUGCAAUAUCAAUUUAUUUUAUGCUUCUCUGUAUAUGUCUGCAUACCUACAUACAACCUCACUUUCUGCCAUUGUUAUUUUGGAAUGAAUGUUCAAACUUAAUUUGAAAAUUUCUGUAUGUACAUAUAUUUUCAAAAUGUAAAAAAAAACUCUAAUGGGAUACAAUGAUUUAUACCUUUGUUGUUUCUGAUUCUUGAAAAAACUGUUGACAUGUAUCCAAAUAAACCUCCUUCUGAAAGCUGAAA